AUGAAAGAUGAUCGAGUAUCAGAGAAUGCAAUUCAAAGGGAUGCUCCUCCAUUAAAGAAAAUAAAAAAACAAAAUCAGUUUUCAUCAUUAUUGGAAAAUAUUCCUAACGCUGCAAGAUAUCGUCGUUCCUUUAUGCACAAAGACACGUUACAUUCAUGUUAUUCUACGAAAAGCAACCUCAUUUUAACGAUUAGUUAUGAUGGACAUGUCAAGUUUUGGCAUAAGACAACGGAUGGGAUAGAAUAUAUUAAAGAUUUUCCCACACACAAUGGGAAAAUCAUCUCUACUUAUUUAAGUAAGGAUGAAAGAAUCCUUGCUACUUGUGCUGAUGAUAAUACUGUAAAGGUAUUUGACAUUGACAGCAUUGAUAUGGUAAACAUUAUUGAUUUAGAUUUUGUACCAAAUGAUUUGGUUGCGUUUAGUACACCGUCUAUGAAGGAAGAGAUGCUGGCUGUUUCUGACGCCAAUACACCGUUAGUGUAUUUCUUUGAUUUAGAAGGGGACGGUAACGUUCUGUAUAGUGUAAAAAAACAUUCGUUCCCGGUACAUGUAUUGGAAUACAUAAACAGCUUAAACUGUAUGUUGUCUGUUGAUAAAGGUGGCAUGGUGGAAUACUGGUGUCCAGAGGAGCCAUUCCAAAAACCGAAUGGACAGGGAAUAUUUGAGCUAAAGAGUCAAACGGAUUUGUAUAUUUUUAAGAAAACAAAAAGCAUUCCAUCAUCUAUCCAGAUCAGUCCUUCGGAAAAGAUUUUUUCUUCAAUUUCGUAUCCGGAUUGGAAGGUCCGAGUAUUCGAUGUAAAGAGCGGGCGAAUCUUGCUAGAAUUUGAUGAGCAUCCUUUAAAUGCGGCGAAGGAAAUGGAGCAGGCGUUAGAAAAGGAAGAUGUGAACUCUUUGUAUUUUAUGAACCAGGUGGAGUUUGGAAGAAGAUUGGCUAUAGAAAGAGACAUAGAGCGAUCUGGGUGGAUGGCUGAUACCAUUGCUAUAUUUGAUGAAAGUGAAAAUUAUAUUAUUUAUGGAAGUAUCCUUGGAGUGAAGAUUCAGUCGAUUUCGGAUGGAUCGCUGGUACGAGUACUUGGUCGAGACGAAAGCAUCCGUUUUGUGAAAGUGUCGCUAUAUCAGGGUGCGCCCAAGAAAGGAAAAAUGGCGUCUUUGGAAAUUAUGGCCAGCAAUAAUCCCUUGGUUGAAGAAAGCUUUCGCAAGGAUCCAACUUUAUUCUGUACUGCAUGGAAAAAGCAGCGCUUUUAUUUAUUUGGAUCUGCUGAUGAGAAUAUUACUUUGACUGAUCGAGAUACACUAAAUGAGCAUACAGUUGGACUCACGAAGGAAUCAAACAAACCUGAAGAAAGGACUGCUUUGUUAGGGAAAGCUGCUGUACUGCACACUACCCAAGGAGACAUCAGCAUCAAGCUUUUACCUGAAGAAGCACCUAAGGCUGUUCAAAACUUUACCACUCAUGCAGUCAAUGGAUAUUAUGAUAACACAAUCUUUCAUCGUAUUAUAAAAAAUUUUAUGAUUCAAGGAGGGGAUCCAUUGGGUGAUGGCACUGGAGGAGAAUCUAUCUGGGGCAAGGAUUUUGAGGACGAGUUUUCCCCAAACUUAAAGCAUGAUCGUCCUUUUACCGUCUCAAUGGCGAAUUCAGGGCCCAAUACAAAUGGCUCUCAAUUCUUCAUUACGACUGACUUGACUCCCUGGUUGGAUGGAAAGCAUACGAUUUUUGGUCGUGCUUAUGCUGGAUUAGAUGUUGUUCAUCGUAUUGAGCAAAGUGAAACGGACAAAUAUGAUCGUCCUCUUGAGUCCACAAAAAUAAUUAACAUUUCCAUCUUGUAUAAUUAA